UGGGGUUAUUUUUAUGGCAUGUUUUCUGGGUUUGUUUCUAAUUGCGAUUUUGAGACCUGGGUCGCUUUAAAUUUUGGAUUUUGAUGGUUGUUUCUGCAUUUGAAGACGGGAUUUUGAAUUAACCCGGGUUCUGCUUGUGAGUGGACAGUUUUGAGGCCUCUGUUUUAAAAAAAAUAUGAACGGGUUGGGGUAGUUCUUCUCAGUGACUUGACUUCAAUGUGUUUAUUGUCUUUCAUUCUAGAGAUCCCUCCCAUAACUAAACCAUUUUUGUUAACCCCUUAAUUAUAAAUAUUAAUUAUAUAUUAAAAUUGAAGUUGAUUGGAUAAGAAUUUGAAUUAACUGCAUUUGCCAUUACGGAAGGCAGCAGAGCUUUCAUCGGGUAGUGCCACAAUCUUAUUUCUCUCAUCACUCAAGCUACGCGACACCGAAAAGCUCUCAUGGAUGUUUAACUUCAAUUCCUCAAAACGACACCGUGAGACGCCUACUUCUCCAACAUCAAGAUCUGCAUUUUCACAAACAAUGAAUCCACUAUCCAACCCUAAUCUCCUCAAGCUCUCCGCCUUCAUUUUCAUCUCCUUCGUUUUCUUCUACCUCGGCAAACACUGGUCCGAUGGCUACCAGCAACUCGUGUUCUUCUCCACCUCUCCCUCCUCUCGAAACGCCGACGUUUCAUUCUCCUCUAACUCCAACAAAUCCUACCAUAUCUCCUCCCUCAUUCCCCAAAAUGAAACACAAUCUCCAUCUCAAUUUCAUAUCGUUCCAUCUCCAUCGUCCGAUUCGAUCCAGAAGUUCGGGAUCAUAACCGAGAACGGUACGAUGUCCGACGAGUUUGAAAUCGGGGAGUACGAUACGGAUUUGGUGGAAACCGAGUGGGGCAACGAUAACGGGACGGAGAAAACGGAUAGUGGUCGUGGUAGGGCAAUGAUUAAGAGGUUUUCCAUGUGUUCCGAUGAUACGAGGGAGAUUAUUCCGUGUCUGGAUAACUCGGAGGCAAUUAAACGGUUAAAGUCCACGGAUAAAGGGGAGAAAUUCGAGCGACAUUGUCCUCAAAAUGGUACCGGAUUGAAUUGCUUGGUUCCGCCUCCUGAAGGCUACAAGCAGCCCAUUCCGUGGCCCAAAAGUCGAGAUGAGGUAUGGUACAACAAUGUUCCUCAUACAAAACUAGUAGAAGAUAAAGGAGGUCAAAACUGGAUUUCGAGAGAAAAGGAUAAGUUCAAGUUUCCAGGAGGUGGUACGCAGUUUAUCCAUGGGGCCGAUCAAUACUUGAAUCAGUUCUCGCAGAUGGUGCCUAAUAUUACAUGGGGUAAUCGAACCAGAGUUGUUAUGGAUAUUGGAUGUGGUGUGGCAAGUUUUGGUGCCUAUUUGUUGUCACGGAAUGUCUUAACCAUGUCUGUAGCUCCAAAAGAUGUUCAUGAGAACCAAAUUCAAUUUGCUCUUGAGCGUGGGGUCCCAGCAAUGGUAGCAGCGUUUGCAACUCGCCGGUUUUUGUAUCCAAGUCAAGCUUUUGACUUAAUACAUUGUUCAAGAUGCAGAAUAAAUUGGACUCGUGAUGAUGGGAUUUUGCUGCUUGAGGUCAAUAGGAUGCUUAGGGCAGGAGGAUACUUUGCUUGGGCUGCACAGCCAGUGUAUAAACAUGAAGAAGCUCAGGAGGAACACUGGAAAGAGAUGCUUAAUCUUACAACUCGUCUUUGCUGGGAGCUUGUGAAGAAGGAGGGAUACGUUGCAAUAUGGCAGAAGCCCUCCAACAAUAGCUGUUAUCUAAGCCGUGAGGCAGGCACUGCACCCCCACUGUGUGGCCCUGAUGACAAUCCAGACAAUGUCUGGUAUGUUGAUCUGAAGGCUUGCAUCAGUCGACUUCCAGAAAAUGGAUAUGGAGCAAAUCUUCCCUCAUGGCCUGAUCGAUUGCAAACUCCACCUGAUAGGCUUCAAAGCAUACAGCUUGAUGCAUACAUUGCUAGGAAAGAGCUCUUCAAGGCAGAAUCGAAGUACUGGAGUGAGAUAAUUUCAGGCCAUGUCUCUGGUUUAAAGUGGAACAAAAUGAAAUUUAGAAAUGUAAUGGAUAUGAGAGCUGGCUUUGGAGGAUUUGCAGCAGCUUUAAUUGAGCAAAAACUUGAUGCCUGGGUUAUGAAUGUGGUUCCAGUUAGCGGUUUCAAUACCUUACCUGUUAUAUACGACCGCGGACUACUAGGAGUUAUGCAUGAUUGGUGUGAACCAUUUGAUACAUAUCCAAGAACCUACGACUUACUGCAUGCAUCUGGGCUUUUCUCUGUUGAAAGAAAACGAUGUAAUAUGUCUACCAUCAUGAUUGAGAUGGAUCGAAUGCUCAGACCUGGUGGACAUGCAUACAUCCGUGACUCUAUUGAUGUUAUGGAUGAACUUGAAGAGAUUGCAAAUGCUAUGGGCUGGCAUGUGACCAUGCGAGAGACAUCUGAGGGCCCUCAUGCAAGUUAUAGGGUGUUGACAGGUGAUAAACGCCUUCUGCAUGGUUAAAGAAUGAGAGUAUAAAUCCAGGCUGAGUUCGUAAGUAGGUGAAAUCUGUAAGAUUGAGAAGAGAUUGACAACAAUGGACAGCUUCCCUUUCAUCAAAUUCUUAUAGAUAAAUGGAGCGCAGUUGCUCAUCAAAAUUUUAUUGCCAAAGAGAGAGAUUUGUUUCAUCGACUACUGGGUGUCUCGUUAAAUUACUAGAUCUUGCUCAUGACUGUGAUUUGGUAGGUAUUGACUUAGAUAUUAGAUUUGUAGGAGCCAUAUAUAAAAUAAUCCAAAGCCUUUAUGUAAUUUACCUCCAAAACUCAAAAUAGUACAUUUCAGUGUUUUUUAAAUGGAUGAUUCUGUAAUUUUAUUCUUUUUACCUGAAUUCAGGAAAUUAAAAUGCAUACAGAGCACUAGCUAAUCUGCUAAUGUAUCUGUAACUUGGAUAA